AACAACAAACAAAUUAUUAUCAAACAAUCAGACAAAGGGGGAAAUGUUGUCUUGAUGGACAACCAAACCUACCUUGACAUGUGCCAAACUAUCUUAAAAAAUAAUGACUGGUAUUGUAAAAUAUCCAUAAACAAUAUCACUCGUUUCUAUAUUGAUUUCUAUAAAUUCGUUGAUCAGGCCUUUUCUCAAGGUGUUAUCUCUCUAGAUCUACGAGAUUUCAUCAGAACCAAGCACCCCAAAACGGCCACUUUUUAUAGCUUGCCCAAAGUUCACAAAAAUAAGACCCCCAUUCCUGGACGACCUAUAGUUUCCGGGAUCGGUUCGAUUUCCGAAAACCUCAGCCAAGUCAUAGAUGCGCACCUUCAACCCUAUGUCACAUCUCUUCCUUCUUUUACUAAGGACACCAUGCAUUUUUUGCAAACCAUUGAGGGAUGCAUGCUGUGUGAUCAAGCUUUCCUCGUCUCUAUUGACGUGGAAGCAUUAUAUAGCAGCAUCCCUCAUGAAAAGGGCCUCAGUGCUAUUGAGGAGGUCCUUACACGUGGACAUAUGUUUACUCCUGAUUUUAAUGAUUUUUUGAUUAAGGGUUUGAGAUAUAUCCUAUAUCACAACUUUUUCUCUUUUGAUCGCUCCCACUACCUCCAGGUGCAAGGCGUAGCGAUGGGGACAUGUUGUGCCCCAUCCUACGCCAAUCUGUACCUGGGGGAGUGGGAGCGAUCCCUCCCAGACGAUGAUAACCUCGUCGUGUACCUCCGCCACAUUAAACUGUGGCGGAGGUAUAUUGAUGACAUUUUCAUCGUCUGGGAUGGUCCCGAAGAGGACCUCCUUGCCUUCUUCAACGCAUUGAACAUCAACGACUUUAAUCUGACAUUCACUAUGAUACAUGACAAAAAUACUUUAACUUUCCUUGAUGUGAAAUUGUUCAUUGAUCCUGACAGAUACCUACGCAGUACUCUGUUUCGGAAAGCUACAGCAGGCAAUACCAUCUUACACUUUGACAGCCACCAUCCAAUUCCCUUAAAAAGUUCCAUCCCUUAUGGGCAAUAUUUGCGGCUCCGCCGCAAUUGCUCAACAGACUCGCUCUUCAGGGAGGAGGCAGACCAACUCCAGACUAGACUUCUAACCAGAGGAUAUAGUAGAAAAUGCCUGCGCAGGGCCUAUAACCGAUCCUCUACUCAAUUAAGAAAUGAUCUCUUAUCGAAAAAGAAAACUAUAACUGACUUCAAAUCCGAGACCACUAGACCAGUCUUCCGCUACUCUUUGCAACACAAAGCGAUAAAAGACAUAAUACAGAAACACUGGACAAUCUUAACCGAUGACCCUAAAAUUAAUCCCUUCAUUACUACACAUCCCUCCAUUAUACAUAGGCGGGCCAUGUCUAUUAGGGAUUCUUUAGUGUCUAGUGAGUUCAAGGAUACUACAAAUGAGAAACUACGGUGUUCCCUACCUGGUACCUUCCAGUGUGGACACUGCUCAUGCUGUUACCUAAUAAGAAGAGAAAAAACCUUUAGCCUCCCAAAUGGCGAGACUUUCAAGCCCAAAUAUUUUGUGAAUUGCCGCACACGCGGAGUGGUGUAUCUCAUGGAGUGCGAGUGUGGGGCCUAUUACAUAGGUAAAACUAAACAGGAAUUCCAAAAACGAAUCUCCAAACACAAGUAUAGUAUGACCAUUGGGAACAUUUACCUCCCCAUAGGGAGGCAUGUUGCCCUCUCUCAUAACUAUCGUGUACCACACGUAAGUUUUGCCGCCCUCGAUCAUGUUCUUGUUCCAGAUCGGGGAGGCGACUGGAAUAAAACCUUACUACAGCGCGAACAGAAAUGGAUAUUCAGGCUGGGGGCUACUCAGCAACCAGGCCUGAAUGAUGCCCUUUCAUUCGCCCCCUUUUUAAAGGGUUUCACCUCGGGAAAAACCCAAUAAAAUUGUUCUAUGUAUAUAUUAUACUCUUGACUAAAUACCAACACAUGUCACGUCCAUGGCACCACUAGCAGAAUUAAUAUAUGGCCAAUAUCCAUAUAUCUGGAUGCUUCUGUUCCAAAUACAUAAAAAAAAAAAAA